AACUUUACAGGUGUUGAAAAAAACCAAGAAGAUGACGUUUCACAGAAUGACUUUGAAAAGGAUGCUGCAACAGGACUGAUGGCAGGUAAUGUCUUUGUUUGCUUUGUCAAUCAAACCAAAGCCAAAAUAUAUUUUUUGCAGUAGAGUGAGGUUAUUUAGUUCUUUGGAGACCACAGUAAUUUUUAAUUAAAUUGUCUGCUGUUUUGAGCUUCAGACCAGUGCACCAUCUCCUAUUAAACUGGCAUGAAAUAACCUCUAUCUUAUGUUAAUUCUUUUUCAUCUUCCGUUUACAGGCGAAUUACCCUUUUUUAUUGUACUUCAACAAAUCAUACGGGAAGCUCGCAUAGAGUCCAGCAAAACUGAGCUGUCGCAGGCUUUGAAGAGGACUGCGUUGGAAAAAGGUUUUGCAAUUUCUGACAAUCAAGGAGAGGGAAACUGCAUGCUUUUUGCACUUUCAGAACAGCUUGACCUAAUCAAAGGAGUCAAAAUCUCCCAUGAUGAGUUACGCCGAACUAUUGUUCAACACCUUCGGGAAAACCCUAAGCUGGUAAGUACCUUAUUCUUUUUAUUAUUUUUAGAGUGGACAUAUUUGCAGUAUACGCGCACGCAUAAUAGUAAACAAUUUAACAGUAAACAUCCCUACCCCGCCUUCUCUCUUACACGUUUAACGGACACCUCCCUAAAACCUCCUAAACCUACUCCACCUCUCUAAAAGUGUUGGUCUCUGCCCUUCUUAAUUUUUUUUACAUUUUAAGGAGAGUAGUAUAGGGUGCACAGGUCAGACCGCUUUUUUGUAGUGGAAUCUCAUUAGUACGAAGUGGAAUAAAUAAUAUCUCUGUCUCGUGAAUAAAAUGCGGUGGAAUCUCAUUAAGAUAACGCCACGAGCUAUUUUGUGAAGUGUUAAGUUCAUCCAUUUAUGUAACUUGUAGGGAUCAUGCCCUUAUAUUGUGAGAAUGAAGUCAUAGUUUAGUCCAAAUUAUGUCUUUUUUGGUCAUGAAGACACCAUGGCGCCUUCAUUCUCCAUUGCAGACAUCUUAAGCUGUCUUCACACUAUACUGUAUAGCUUUUACGCCGGCACGAAAAUCAUACCGGAUAGGGCUUUAGUUCACACAUGAGAACGCUGAUUUUGGCGCGAUUUCUUUCACGCGCGGAUGCAGCUGUCUUUUCCGUAAACGGUCGCUGCAAUUUUUUAGACACCAAGAAAAUUUUUGAUCUGUUAUUGAGAGUGUUUCUAUAAAAAAGAAAGAAAAUCGCUACUCAAGGUCAAACCCGGACCUUUCGUAUCCUAAUCUCUCUCCCUUACCACUAGACUACUCCACCGACCAGCCAAAAUUCCGAAAAAAAUUAAGUACAUACACUAGCAAACUGUCUUUCGUAACUGUUACAUCAAUAGCAGGUGACCCUAGCCCUUUCCAUCAAUUUUAACGAAAAUUCAACUUGGCUCCAACGCCGUUUUCUAGCACUAUUCACAAACGUAUUAUUUGCCUUUUUUGUAACUAAAUCCAGGGAAUAUAUUACAUCUAUCAUGACUAAAGGCUUGGUUACUAAUGCUGGCAUCGACCGUUAAAAGUGGAAAAGACUGAUUACGAAAGGGAAUGAGGCCGUGCCGAUCUCUAAAGUGGAGAGUCAUAUAUCGGAUAGAUGUUCACACUAUACUGGAUGGCUUUUCGUGUCGUCACCAAAGCCUGGUAUAGUAUGAUCAUAGCUUUAUUGUUCUGGUUCCGGUUCACUGAUUCUUGACGCGCAAAGGAGAUAAAGACCUCAUCGACGUUAAUAUAUUCCACUUCAAAAAAAGACGUCUAACUGGUGUGUCCUUAAUACUACUGAGGGGGACAUAUUAUUUCUAAUGGUGUCGUCUUAGAGAGAGCUGACAGCGCAGCUGCCUGAAUAUAUACCUUCUACAAAAGCACUCUACCUUUUUCUCUAUUAACUACAGUAUUUUCUUUCUUACAGCCGGAUGGGACAGAACUGUUUCAUUUUGUUGAUGGAUAUCCAUCUUGGGAUGCCUACCUCACAAGUAUGACGGCAGAUGGUACAUGGGGUGAUCACGUUGUUCUACACGGUGCGGCAAACUGUUUUCGAACGUGCAUCCAUGUGAUUAGCAGUCUUCCACAUCGCUAUGACGUAAUGGUCUGCCCAGAGUUUGAUGUUACUGGUAGCAACCGCCUUGUGCUGGGUCACCUGCACGAGGUUCACUAUGUUAGCCUUAUUCCACAGAUAGAGGGUAAAGAUGUCUGAUUAUACUGCGAUACAAGAGUUACGACCUUGCAAUAUUAAAUGGAAGACAUUUGAGUUGAACAACUGACUGAACCGUUAUUGUGGUACCUUAUUUGAAAGAUGUUGGCCAGAAACAAGACGUCUAUUUUUUCACAUGUACAGUUUUUAAUCCGCCAAUUUUCUUAUGACGGCACAAUUAGCCGUUUCACUAGAUUAAGUAUUCAUAACAAAAUGUCUUCUGCCUCAAACAAUUCAUGGAGCCCCUCAAUUUCUUUGAUAAAUUACUGUAGUUUUCUUAAUAAAACUUGGUUUUUAGGGCCACCACCUUGCCUGCAGUCCCCUGUAAAUACUCCACCAUUAGAAACUGUUGUAAAAAUCCUUGGAAAAUACGCGUACUAAUGAUUGCCUACUUUCUCCUUCUUUGAAUCAUGUUUUAAUAUACUAGAAACUACCUGUGUUUUUCUUACCGUUCUCGUAAAAGUAGGUAGGUUUUAAAAGGUUACGUCAUUCUACCUAGUUGGUUAGAGUCUUUUAUAAUUACUGAUUAACAGUCUUCAUAGCCAAUAACAUCACGGCUUAACUGACAGACGACCAAUAACAUCGCGACCUAAUUGACCAAUAAGAUCAAUAACCAGAGUAUAAUAACCAUCAACUGACGUGAUACAACUCACUUUGGCUCUGAAGAUGACUACCGCACAGGUUGUCGAAACGUCAGUCACUGUCAACAACAACAGUCCUAUUCAGGAGUACGUUAACUCGGACGAUCAAACUCAACCUACUUUUGAUAUUGUAUUAACUUAUGAAUUAAACCUUACUAGUUUUAGGGCGCCGGACCGAUUAUUUUGUAAUUGAAAUAGGCCUUUUAAAGGAUUUUUGGCUAAAAUAACAUAUCAACCGAUGCAUAUUAUUCAUGAGUUAACUUAUCGCAGGCUGGACAGUUGCAGUUAAAAGUGAAAUUCUUAUUACCACACGGGAAUGGUCUGGCCGCCGGUCAAUUCUGACAAAUAAACAAUGCGCUUUACCCCUCAGUUUAAAACACUACUAACAGUGCUUUGUGCUACUUUGCACUACAGACAUCGUGAUCUCAUGCUAGCCGCUUGUACCGGAUUUGGCGAUUUUGUUAUAGGACGCUCCAGUUUGCUAGUGAUUUUUGCCAAAAGCUCGUUUAAGGGUGUUUUUUUUUUUUGUAAAUUAAGUGCUUUUUUUGAAAAUAAAGUUGUAUAAAGUAUUUUAUUGCAUCACUUAGAAAGCAAAUUAGCAAUUGUAUUUAGUUUGAAAGAUUAUAGCGUGAGAAGUUUGACCAUUAUAAGUAUACUAGGGUUGCGUUCGAUUGGGAAAUCCGGAUUUCGGAAUUUGCUAUCGAAAGCGCAAACGGAUUUCACCUCCGAGAAAUCCGUUCUCAGGGCUCCUCCGAUUUCAGUUCAUGUUUUUUUCUUGGUGUUGAUAAGAGUGUGGGUAAAGCCUUAAAACAAUCUUAGAAACGCAUCAGCCCAGCCUGAGAAACAAGAUCAUUUUUUGGCAUGUUACAAUGUGGGUCACUAUAUUAAUAGAUAUAUUACCAGCUAAAUUCGAAUCGGCUUUUCACGUGUACUUUCCGAAAGAACCACGAAUCACGGAACUUGACGCUAGGUGAUCGCAUGUCAUACUAGACAGUAAAUUCACGGAUCACGGCACUGCUCGAGCUCACUAUAUGAAACGGACUUUUUGACACAGGACAAGAUCGCAAAACCAGCCCAGGUCGCUCCAAAAACAUACAAACACACUAGAAAGACACAAACUAUAGCAAAGGUGAGUAAGUGGUCGAAUCACGUGGAUGUAAUAGUGAGUAAGGCGAACAAAGUGGUGGGCCUAGUAAAGCGUACAGUUGGUCUUAGGUAAAACCGAUCAGUUAAAGUUAACUCCCUUAAGUAUUCCCUCUUUGUGAGAAUCAUCAAAGACUGGAACAAUUCACCAAACCGUCUCUUUACUGGUGAAAAUUAAUGGUAAAAAAUUUUUAAAAGACUUCAAAGGGUGGAUGAACAUUUAUUGACAUAAUAGCUCAUAUUUUAACUGUAUAUUUCCUCGCGGUCCGCCUUUUCAAUUAUGUAUCAUGUUUAUAUUUGUAUGUAUUUGAAUAAAGUAUUGUUAGUAUUGUUAAAGUAUUGAUAGUAUUGUCACCCCAGUGGCGAUUUUAUCGAAUUUUCAAGUUUGCAAAUAUAAACUUUAUGAAUCGCCAAGUAUCGCAAUCCCACUAGAUACAUUAACAAGCGUUACAUAUAGGCGGGAAGGAGUGGGAGAUAAAGGCGCCAGAGUGUACCAUAGCUGCAGGGAGGUGGGUGGGGCGACAAACUAG